CUACCACUAGGUGAACUCAAGCGACCAAUUUGCGAGCUAGUAGUGCUAGUCUAAGACAUUCUCUGGUGCUACCUUAAGCACAUCCAUUUUCUUCUACUAGCACUAAAUGUACUUUACCUGUGUGUUUGGAUUCAAGGAUUAAGCCGAUGGAUAGUGAAGUGUCCGAUUUUGAUCCUUAUCCGGGGUUCAGCAAAAUGGAAGGGGAAAAUGCGCCUUUGUACUGCGUCUGCCGAAAACCAGAUAUCAACUGCUUCAUGAUUGGCUGUGACAACUGCAAUGAAUGGUUUCAUGGCAACUGCAUCAACAUCACUGAGAAGAUGGCUAAAGCAAUCAGGGAGUGGUACUGUAUGCCAUGCCGAGAUAAAAACCCCUCAUUGGAGAUAAAAUACCGUCCAAAGAAGAGUCGUGAGAAAGAACCUGAUAUGGAGAGAAUAGAGAAACCAGAUAAACGAUGCAGUACCCCAGAUUACAGGAGUGAAAGACGACGGGGAUCAAAAGUGAAGCGUUCUGCUCGUAUGUGUGGAGAGUGUGAACCUUGCAGGAGAACUGAGGAUUGUGCCCAGUGUGACUUCUGCAAAGACAUGAAAAAGUUUGGGGGACCCAAUAAAAUAAGGCAGAAGUGUCGAUUUAGACAGUGUGUCGUUCGAGCAAGGAAAAUGUUGCGUGUCAAGGAUGAGGAAUUUUCUCUUCGUGAAAGGCGAGAUAAUUCGUAUCACAGACGAAGGAGAUAUUCAGAGGACUAUGAUAGUGAGAUAGAACUCUACCAGCAGUACAAAGCAGCAGGAUAUGAAGACAACAUGCUAUGGCCCAGUGAUGAAGAUGAUGGUCCUCCCUUUAGUCCUGUAAUGAGAAAGAAAGCUGUAAAAGUUAAGCAUGUGAAGAGAAGAGAAAAGAAGUUUGACAAAAAGAAAGAGUCCCGGCGCCACAAGCAGAAGCAGAAGCACAAGGACAAAGUGAGACACACCGACAGGGUUGAUGCACGGGAGGUUGCUGGGUUGCGCCAGUGCCUCGGGCCCACCUGUGUUGAGUCAGCACGAGCUAACUCCAAAUACUGCUCAGAGGAUUGCGGCAUGAAGCUGGCAGCAAAUCGGAUCUAUGAGAUUCUCCCCCAGCGUAUCCAGCAGUGGCAGCAGAGUCCUUGCAUUGCUGAGGAGCAAGGCAAGAAGCAACUGGAGCGCAUCCGGAGGGAUCAGCAGAAUGCCCGGCUCCGCCUUACUGACAUGGAGAGACGUUUCCAUGAGCUGGAAGGCAUCGUUGCAAAAGCCAAGCAACAGGUGGUCCAGCAGGAUGAGGAAGUGAAUGAAGGUGAUAAUGAAGACACAGACCUGCAGAUUUUCUGUGUGUCUUGCAGUCAUCCCAUUAAUCCAAAAGUAGCACUUAGACACAUGGAGAGAUGUUAUGCCAAGUAUGAGAGCCAGACAUCUUUUGGUUCCAUGUACCCCACAAGGAUCGAAGGAGCAACAAGACUCUUCUGUGAUGUGUACAACCCCCAGAGUAAGACUUACUGUAAGAGGCUUCAGGUCUUGUGCCCAGAGCAUUCCAGAGAUCCCAAGGUUUCUGUGGAUGAGGUGUGUGGUUGCCCUCUGGUCCGGAAUGUUUUCGAACCGACUGGAGAGUACUGCAGAGUUUCCAAACGCAAGUGCAACAAGCAUUACAACUGGGAGAAACUCAGGAGGGCUGAGGUGGACCUGGAACGAGUCAGAGUGUGGUACAAGCUGGAUGAGCUCUUUGAGCAGGAACGCAACGUCAGGACAGCAAUGACAAACAGGGCAGGCCUGCUUGCUCUUAUGCUGCACCAAACCAUUCAGCACGACCCGCUAACAACUGACCUCCGAAGCAACAAGGACAGAUAGUCAGCAAGAGUCUGGAGAUUGGCAUAUUUUCAAACAUGUGAAGACAAUUAUUGUGAUGACUAUUAUUAUAGAGAUCAUCUCUUUUCCAUCCUUUUAUAGAGAACAGCCUAUUCUUUUAUCACAAAAAUGUGCUGAAAUUUGUGAAUCUAUAUAUUUUUCCUCUAGUCUGAAUAAUAAAUGUACAUUGUCUUAAAAUAAAAAUGUGGACAUAAGAUAUGUCCACGAGAAGGGCUUU